CUACUUGUGCUUGGGCAGUAUAGUCGCGACGUACGCACGAACGAUCGCCGCGAGACGAUGACACACGGCACCGCUACUCUCCUCUUCUAUGGAAGUCGGUUUCCCGAUAAUAAUUGGCCGGUUUUUUUCCGCUCGAUUCCAGUUGCAGUAUAGUGUCUUCGGUUUUGCUUUUCUCGCGCGAAUACUUUUGUUUUUGAAUUUGUACCGUAUAACCGCGUGGCUAUAUGCGAUUCGAGUAUUUUCUUGAUUGGAAGUUACGGGCCGGACGGAAGUGCGUGAUGACGUUUCUCGGAAACGUCGCCUGGAUGAAAGUAUUGCACGUUUUCGUUUAAUUAACAGUACUUUCGACUGCGAUAUGAAAUUCGUAUGUUUGCGUCCAUAAGCGAUCGAUUGCUUUCUUUGUGUACAAGCAAAAGUGUCGGAAGUUAUAAAAAUUGUAUGAUGAGUGUGUGACGUUGAAGAAAAAAUCAGAUGCGUAGUUCGUUGGUAUACUAGAUCCUGGAGAAACCCGUAGACUAAUUGUUUACUUUUUUUUUCUCCGGCUACCGCGAGAAUCGUUGAGGAAAGUUAUUAAACUGAUAAGGUUCACAUCGCAGAAUUUGUUAUCUUGUCUGCGAUGAUAUAAUGUUGUAGAUAGUGGGAUUUAUUCCCAAUAUAGAACAAGCGCAUUUUCGGUAUAAUUAUGGAAAUUGAGUUUUUUUUUUCUUGGAAAGAAUAUACUGUCGAGGAUUAUGGAAAUUGGCUUUAAUUACUGUUUGUAAAGAACGGUGAAAAAAACUACUUUUGUUUUGACAAUGAAAACCUAAUUGAGGUAAAUAAGAAAUCUCCGAGUUAAUUAAUAGACGUCAUCAAUUCCCGUGACAAGUCUAUGGUUAAAGAAUUACAUACACUUUCUAAACGACUACAAUGUGACGCUGCAGUGUCCAAACAAGCAGUUUUUGUGCGAGAGGAGUAGGAAACGAUUCUUUGUGUGUCAAAGGGUUCUUAUUGAGCAGGAAAAGCGAGGGACACUCGGAUGAUGAAUCGAAAAUGAGAGUUCUGGAGAAAAUAGAGAACGAGUGCAUUGUUCGCUGCCCAUGGGAUCAUCCUUUAUGCUUGAAACCUCUUAACUUUAUCAAUGAAGAUCAAUUAUAAACGAAGAAGACAUUGGUGCCAACUAAUUUUUCAACAAAUUAAUCUUGUGAAAUCAAAAAUUGAAAUUCUAUGAAAAUCAAGCGUAAAAUUAGCUGUAUGUAGGUGAUGUUUAGAAUCAGCAGUUUUCCGAAAUGUUUUUGUCGACGCUUUGAAUCUGACCCCGUAUUAUGAUAUACUUUUAAUGAAAGGAAAAUUAUCUGGAAAAAGUGCAUUACGAUACUUUUGUUUGAAAAUGUGAUUUUAACUUUGAUGUAGCAAGUCACGAUAAGACUUAAAUCACGUAUUCUUGAAAAAAUGCACACGUUGCACAUAACAGAGUUAUUGAUGAGCCAAUCAAAACAUACAUCUACCGAUUAAGAGUAUAUAGCACUAAAAGUUUCCUGUAAUAUUAUAAAUGUUUAUAAAUAGAAAUAAUAUAAUAAACUCGGCAGUCAACAAAUUAAUUGAAUCAUAUCUUUUAACCUACUGUUAUUUUAUCAGAACGAAACGCGUAAUUAUUACAAAAUACAUAUUUAACGCAAUUUCACAUUACACUCAGUAUAGCAUGACUUGACUUUCUAAAACAUGUAUACCUAUAAUAAUACCAAACUUGCCGCUAUUUUCUUGGCGCGUAUAAUUAAUUAAAUUUUGACGACGCGAGUGUGGUAAUAAAUCACACGAAUAAUUUAAUUGAUUGCAAGGUGACUCUUUCUGGGGCGCGUAUUGUAUAUUCGUUAUCGGCGUGAACACGUGCAUCUUUGGUAAAUUGAAACGCAUGAUAAAAUUAUAACUACGAUAAGUAUAAUGUCGCACCCCUCUCUCCUUCGAUUACAUUCAAUAUAAGCUUGAGUAGUCGCGAGAUUCGCUGUCUUUUCAUUUGUUGAGAGUGUCAGAGUACAUCAGGUAUAAGAACAGAAAAUGGCAGCGAAACUCUCCGUUGCCCUCGUGCUACUGGUCGCGGCCUGCGCCAGCGCCCGUACCAUUUCCCAGGGUCCUCCGGCGGCCACCAAUAGUGCUCUGAUGGCGCGUUACAUCGUCAACGAAGCCGAGUGGACCUCUAUCGCGACCAUCAGCGUGAGAGAGAACACCAAGAACUACCCAUUCGUCAACUUGGUCUCUCUGAGCGACGGACUAAAAGGUCAGGGUAGCGGCGUCCCCUACAUUUUCGUGACUCCUCUGGACUUCACCGGACAAGAUCUCAUUAAAGACCAACGGGUCACCAUGCUGAUGUCACUCGCCCAAGGUGACUGGUGCAACCAGAAGGGCUACGACCCCAUGGAUCCGCGUUGCGCGAGAGUCGUCUUAUCAGGAAAGAUCGAGCAGAUAAACGAAGACCAUCCGGAUUACAAAACCGCCAAGACAGCCUUCUUCGGGCGCCACGAAUGGCUCGCGCAUAUGCCAGAAAACCACCACUUCUAUCUGGCCAAGCUGAACAUCCAAACUAUCGAAGUCCUCUCUCGUUUCGGAGGUAUUGGGUACGUCACCGUCGACGAGUACUACGGCGCUAGUCCCACCGACGUCGAAGAUUACUCUCGCAGCUACAAAUAAACGAUAUAUAUAUAUAAAGUAAGACUCUCGAUUUUACGAGCUUGACAACUCUGUUUUAUACACAUAGUUUGAUAAAUAUUUUUUUGAUAAAUAUUUUUAUGGAUUAUUUGUAUAUAAAAAAGCGUGGAUUAUUCUUUAAUCGUUUUAAAAAAUUGAACAAGGAAAACGAGUACUUAUCGAAUAAGUCAUAUUUAUAUACUUCAAUCAGAUAAACAUCAAGAGCACGA